AUUAUAAACUCUUUUAUCAUGAAAUAACAGAAAAUUUGUCCAAGAACAAAAAGCAUACAUAUCAAAGAAGCACAAAGUUCGAGAUCAAACAAUUUUAAAUCAUUGCCAAAAUUAAUUGAAAAUAAUAAAACUUCAAGAUAUUCAGAACAUUUAUCACCUUCUCCUAAACCUAAAUUUUAUAAUCAUUGGUAUAUACCUUAUGAAAAAAGAUUCAUGGAACAAAAGGAAUAGAAAAAUUUUUAUGAUGAAAUAAGGUUGAAUUAUGCUUAAAUGAAAGAAGAUCCUCUAUUUCUUUAUCAUAACUUAAAUCGUCCUCUUUCAAUCCAUUAAGAUCCCUUCUCUAAACCUGAUAAAGACUAAAUAUCUAAAUAAUAAAAAUUUGAUAAAACUAAAUUAUUCUUAGAAAUGAAUAAGUCUAGCGGUGUAUUAAAAUUAUUUUUAGAGUAACUGAUUCUAAUAAUAUAGAGAUCUUGUUUAAAAAAAAUAAAGAGUGCCAGCCUUUUUGAAGAGCGAAUAGUUAGUUUUAUGA